AUGGCGGCGGCGGCGGCGGCGGCGGCGCUGGCCCUGCGGGCCCCGGCGCUGGCCCGGCCGCUCCGCGCCGCUCCCCGGGGCUACCUGGGCACCCCGCGGUGGCCACCGAGCCUCGGGGGGCUCCCGGUGGCCCCGGUGGCCCCGGCGGGCCCGGCGGGCCGGGCCAUGGCCGGCCACAACCGCUGGUCCAAGGUGCGCAACGUGAAGGGCCCGCGGGACGCGGAGCGGAGCCGGCUGUGGCAGAAAAUGGCGCGGAUGCUGAGGGCGGCGGCCAGAGAGGGCGGCCCGGAGCCGUCGCUGAACCCCGAGCUGGCCGCGGUGGUGGCCCAGUGCCGGUCACUCAACGUGCCCAAGGCCACCAUCGAGGGAGCCCUGCGGUCAGCACGGUGCCGGUCACUCAACGUGCCCAAGGCCACCAUCGAGGGAGCCCUGCGGUCAGCACGGCUGGCCACGGUGGUGGCCCAGUGCCGGUCACUCAACGUGCCCAAGGCCACCAUCGAGGGAGCCCUGCGGUCAGCCAGGCUGGCCGCGGUGGUGGCCCAGUGCCGGUCACUCAACGUGCCCAAGGCCACCAUCGAGGGAGCCCUGCGGUCAGCACGGCUGGCCACGGUGGUGGCCCAGUGCCGGUCACUCAACGUGCCCAAGGCCACCAUCGAGGGAGCCCUGCGGUCAGCACGGCUGGCCGCGGUGGUGGCCCAGUGCCGGUCACUCAACGUGCCCAAGGCCACCAUCGAGGGAGCCCUGCGGUCAGCACGGCUGGCCGCGGUGGUGGCCCAGUGCCGGUCACUCAACGUGCCCAAGGCCACCAUCGAGGGAGCCCGCGUGACCACUGACCACCUGAGUACCGCUGACCGCUUCUCUUUGGCCACAGAGUCACUGACCACUGACCGCUCUCUCCGGCCACAGUCACUGACCACUGACCGCUCUCUCCGGCCACAGAGCGUUCCGGCCGGGGGGUCGCAGGUGCUGCUGACCGCUCGGGGCCCGGGGGGGUCACUGCUCCUGCUGGACGUCCGCACGGACAACGUCCGGCGCAGCCAGGCCGAGCUCCGGACACUGCUCGGCCGCUACGGGGCCUCGCUGACCGGUGACGUCCGGCACGCCUUCGAGGCCGUGGGCGUGUCCGAGUGUCCGGCCGGACGUUGGCCAUGGAGGCCGCGCUGGAGCUGGCCGCAGUGGCCGAGCCCAGGACGUGGUGGCCGAGGACGAGGCCGAGCUCAAGGUGGGUCCGAGGCGUUCCUGUGUGACCCCUCGGCCCUGGGCACCGUCCGGCAGCACCUGGUGGCCGCAGGGCUCCGGCCGCUCUCGGCCGCCGUCGAGUUCGUGCCGCGCUCGUGCGGCUGGCCUUGCCGGACGGUCCGAGGGCCGAGGCCCGAGCGGCUACUCCGGGCUCUGGCCGAGUGGCCGGACGUCGUCCGGCUCUUCCACAACAUCCAGGACGGCCGGCGGUCACUCCGGGCGGUCACUCGGCUCCGGCCGCGGCCGCCCGGCGCUCAAUAAAGGUGUGAGACGUGG